GUAAAGAUAAUUCAUCAGAGCAAUCCGAUUCACCAUGUGUCGUAAGAACCACUACAGUGGAAACUGAUAUAAUUAAAGAAGCAAUGAAGGAUAAUCAUAAUUUAAAUCAUGACUUUAUUAAUAUCU